AUGGCAAAGGAUCCCUUCCUCGCACGCAUGCGUGCCGAGGGCAUCCUCACCAGUGCCACAGAGGAAGACCUCACACAAUGGUGGGUCGCAGAGAAUGUCUCUCUCUUUCAGAGCACUCUUUCUCAGUAUGUGGAAGCGGAAACAAGGGAGAAGCGGCUAGCUCUUUUAGACGAGGCGUGUGCUGUUAUUCUCGCUGUGUUCUACUCUCUUUACAAAGAACUGCCAGCAACUACGAUGACUACCAGUCUUUUAAGUUGUUCUCUUGAGACUAUGCGCUGUAUCUUUAAUAACGGCGACCUAGUCCACGUGACAACAUCAAAUUUUGUACCCUCUCUCCUUCUAUAUCUGGCGGUUGACGGUGUCAUACUAUCCCUCUAUAGUUCGGUGGGAGUACAGUUUAUAAGCAAUAUAUUAUCCAUAGCUGCAGGACUUGCAAAGCAUGCCCCAGAAACGUUCUUAGAUAACCACCUUGGGUGUUUCCAGUCUAUUGUCCAUUCACUACUCUCUACUGUUCCGGACGAAGAGCGGGCGGCACUAAUAGCCUUUCUUGUACAGGCCAGCACAGCACGCCUCUCGCCAUUCUACAUACUAGGCGGUCGGUCUAACGCAGAAUACUAUGAGUUUUUAGUGAGAAUUCUUUCCUCUGCUUAUGGCUAUCCAGAUCAACUGUUACUAGCUAUUAACGGGCAUAUAGCAGCUGGCUGCGCAGCUAUUGAGGCAGCACUAGCACAGGUUGAUAGGGAGGAAGGGCUGCUCUUACACGACCCCUCGGACUCCACAGAUACAAAGAGAGCUCCUUGUUUUGAUCCACUUCUGUUCUUGAUGUUGGACGCAGGUGCCUCCUACUUUUUUAGUGUACAGUCCGACGACCUGCGUGCAACUACAUUAAACACCAUCAGAAGCUAUACUCAGCACUUUUUUACCUUGUGGAUUCCAUUUCUUCUGGAUUUGGAGUUACGCGAUGCAGAAGUAGGCAUGCUUUUCUGCUCUGUUUUCCUUGAACGAUACAGGCAGAUGCACUAUGCUUUUUCGAGCAGUAGCUCCAUAGAUGAAACUAUUAACAUUGGGAAGAACUUUUUUGCCGUACGUCAAGUGAAGUCAAGGUUCUCUAUCAAUCAGAAGACCUUUCUCAUUUUUAACUCUAAUUACCCACAUAUGUAUAACACGCAGAUGGAAGCGCAGGAUAAUCAGCAACAAGACACCUAUGCUGAUGAGGCAGGUGCAUCGAAAAGGUCUCACAAAGCAAAGAAUAGAGACACGUCACAACAGCUUGUUAACACUACGACUGCAGAAGAGCAUAUAGAUCGAUUCUACAGUCCAAAGCCAAUCUCUAUUGUCCUACCCUGUUCCGUGACAGACAUGCCUUCAUUGGGUAUCCUUGGCAGCGUACUGUACUCUGCUAUCUUAAUAGGAUUGACGUCUCAUACUUCAGAAUUGAGGAGGAGGGCUCUAGAUGCAGCAGAGAAUCUUCUGUGGUCCGUCAAUUAUACGUUUGUUUCUUGCCAAUCUAAUAAGAGCGGGAAGCUCCCGAGCAUGAAAGCAUAUGCAGGGGAAAUUAAUAAUAUUAUGAUCCCCCUUGUGAAGGACCGGUUUCUAGAUUCCUGUGAAUAUGUUCGUGAGGCGGCAAUCAGUAUCUUCGCCAAUUAUUAUAGGGUUCUCCUUGAAUACCUGGACUAUGCGACAACACUCGACACCAGCACAAUAUCAGAAGAAGACAGCAUGUUUGUUGUUCUGCUGGAGCGUCUUGACAAAUUGGUGGAGCCACACGUAUAUGUGAGACCACUGAAGAUCCAACUGCCGCCCAUAGAAAGUGACCUGGCCGUAGCAACAAAUGAGGAACUGAUUUCGCUAUCCCUUGCGGAGCGACUCAAUGACAAGAAUACUCGUGUCCGCAGCGCUGCCACCAUUGCUCUUCAGUCUUUGUAUAUGACUGGGUAUCAUCGCUUGGCGACUCCGCUAAUUCACUAUGCCCACAAGUUUGGGCUGGAGGGAGAAAUAGAGCUCUUUAAGUGCUUCCACGCUAACACGCAUCUUUCUAUUUACUCUGUGAUGCACAGGAUAUUGACCUUCUUUGAUGGUGUAGAUGCUAUGGAUUUCUUCGUAUUCAUUCGAGUGCUUUCCCGCCAGAAGUUGCUCAGGAAGAUCGUGGAGAAUACUUUCACUGUUCUUGUAGCCAAGAGGCAUGGCGCUACUUUCAUAAAGAAGCAGUGGGACGAGUCCAUAGCCGGUAUAUAUGGCGAGGACCAGGAUGCGGGCACGCAGACGUACUUCAACAGCUUUUAUGAUUACAUGGUAGAGUCUGCACGUGUGAAGUCACUCGCUGACUUCAUGAACGAGGGCGAAGCACUCCUAGAUACAAUCUACAAUAAGAUCACCAAGAAAUCUACUGGAUCCGAUGGUGCCUUACACUUAUCCAGGAUAGAGGAUGCUACCGAGUACAUUACAGUUGCACAAAGAAUCAAGAACAAGUGGCUUUUCCUCCAUAUUUUCUCUUUUCCUUUCUGCCACGAGAAGUUUCUACACAAAAUCGUGAAAUUGACCUCUGUAAGCUACUUUUAUUCGUACCUUGAAAAGCAGAAGGACGCAGAGGUCUUUCAGACAUCACCGCUGACAUGCGCGUUGCUUCUGCGCAGUGUUCUUGUCGUGAAUUCGCAGCUCUUUGUUCACUGGAAGCACCUUAGUGUCAGGUUCUUCUUCAAUGUCUUUGAAGAGACAAAGGCUUCGGGCGCGUUCGCCUCCAUAAGUCCUGCGGAUCAGCACGGCGCUUUAGACUCCUCGUCUUCUCAAAAGGAAAGGGGGUGGAGAACCAGAGGCACCGCAGCGUCCAAGUUUAUAGAGUUCUCAGAAAGCCUUGGAUUGGGAAUAGUGUCCAGCAAAACGUCCGACCCUAAGACCACUUCAUUAAAUACUCUGCCCCUUUACCAAAGUGACCUGGCAACGCCAUCGAGCGAGCCAGAUAUGACACCUGUAAGCAUAGAAACGACUCCCACUAACUCUAAGAAAGCCUCCGACAACACUCUGGACAUAACUCAACAAUCGCAGGAUGUAAGCAAUCGCAUUGACCAGGUGUCUCUUGCAAUCAUCGGUGUACACGUGGCCAUCCUUCUAGGAGGGUAUGUGUACAUCUCUGAGUCCCAAUUGAUGGCCCUUUUCAGCAUAGACAAUGAACUUAAAGAGAUCUGCGGAGCCACCCUAAUAGAUCUGGCCAGCACCGCAUUCAACUUGGCAUCGGUUGAUAGGUACGCUUGCCUAGUAACACGCAACAUGCUAUUCAAGCACGUAACGUGUUGCCCAUGGACUAUUCUCGCUCUGUAUAGUUCUUUUCAUGAAUGGGACGUGGUUCCUUCGUGCAAUAUCAACUAUCGACACGCAAUUUACUACAAUCUUUUGCGAAGGUUGUGCAGUACAUGUACCAUAGUCCCAGAUGAGCUUUGGGGAAAGAGCUGGUCUACUAUGAUGGCGUCAAUAGCACACUCAAACAAUACUAUGACCGACGAAGCAAAGGGCAGAGCAGAAAAUAAUAUCAAAGUGGAUGUCACUCAAAAUCCGCUACUGAUAGAGAUUUACAACACACUGAUAGAGGAGGCCAACAGCAGCUAUCAAAAGUUCAAUAGGCGAUCUUCGCAAUCAAUAGACAUAGGCUUGGUUAUGGAGAAAGCCCAGUCUCUUAUGGCUGUGUUCCCAGAGUUUGUUAAGCGCAUUGAAGGCGAUCAUAUUUCGUCUCUAUCAGAGUGCUUAUUUACCGACAUCGACGCAGGGACUGAACUCUUGAUCCAGACGCCCUACCUGAAGCGCUUCCCCAGAGAGACUGAUCGGAUAAUCGCUAUCCUUCCCGUGCUGGGAUACGGGUCGCAUCUCUACGCAUUAUCAAAGGAUAGCACACGAACCUCUAAGCUGAUAUCCUAUUACAAUGUCCUCAUUGAGACCAUUCUCUUUCCCUUCACUAUUAAGGUAGACGACACGCAGACCCCGGUCAAAAUGGUUCAGCAGGUAUCUCCCAUCAUUAUCUAUGAUAUCCUACCAGUGUCAACGCGUGCGACAGUCAUGCCUGCGUUCAAGUUGCUGGAAGCUGUGCAUACUCUUCUGCUAUUUCAGCUACGUACUGAUCAACGUGCACUGCAGCUCCAGACAAGCUACAGUUUGUUCAUGAUGAUUACUGCUGCUCACUAUGGGCUGGUCUUUGCAUACUCUUCAGAAGAAGCCCAGUCAGAGUCAAGAAAGACUAUCACUGCUACAACUCUAUUCGGAAGUAGAACCAUGCAGAAGGCCAUUCUACACGGUAUUUCCUCAACUGCUUUGCGAACGCUCCUCACAUGCGUUGAGUUUGGCAACAUGCCAUGUCGCUUGAUUGGAAUCUUGGUUGCCGGGUUUGCAGCGUAUAUCGUUGGAUAUUGUGAAAUAGACUUUACCUUUGUCUUUAAUAAUGAUGAAGAAGCCACACUUCCGAAUUCUGUCAAUGACGAGAGCGGAGUCGUAAUAUCUAUAAGUAAGUACUAUUUGCUGCAGAAAAAUAUGAAGUCUAACAUCCCAGAUGUUCCUGGAAAGGGUCUCACUGCCUCUAUGAUGUCUAGUAGCGCGGUUUUGGCAGACGUGCUGCCGUCACCUACAGUGGUGAGGCAGUCUCUAACGCAAGAAUCCAUAGACUUCAUGCACAAAUUUGUUACUAAGUUAAUCAAUAUAUCGCUUCAAGCCAUGGAGCAGUUUCCGAUGUCGUUUAUGCUUAGGCAGGAGGCUGGCUCAAGUCCACAGAUAGCUCUGCUUUCAGGACGACCUGAGUACUCCGUCUUUAUCUUAGUUUAUGUUGUUCAUAAUUACGUCUUUCAGAUAGCUUGCUCCAUGGCCAAUCAACACCGCAUCACGAUCCUGCACGCAGCUAAGUAUCUCGUCUCUAGGAAGACGGGGAUAACGCUAUUUAUUGAUACGGCAAUCCUCCUUCUGCUAGAAAUACUGAUGCACUCAGCUACAAAUGUUAUGCAAUCUGCCGAUGAGUGUAGCGGCUCUUUGUCCGCAGGGGCUCUCUCCGGGAUCUCAGCUCCUCAAUUCACGAUUUCAAUUCUACAGCUCUGCAUUGCUAAGGCCUCGCGUUACUCUACAAAGACGGCGGGUGGCGCAACAUCUGUUUCGGAGGAAGCCAGGUCAUUCCUUUACAAGACUGUGCUCAGCAUAUUUGCUCACCGCAUAAAGACCUUUACAGACUACGAACGUGGGUUGCCACUAGAUGUUUUGCUGCAAAUACCGAGCGCACUGUUUGUCAAGGCUUCGGUUGACUCUGCUGCGGGCUCUGGUGAAACAGUAUCGCGCAAUACCCGCGAUACAGUGCGGCAAAGUAUCCUUGGGGCCACUCCUGUAUAUGUUAAAGAGCGUACGGUUAUGUUUGCACAGAACUCUGAACUGUUAGAUAGUUUGGCUAAGAUCUCCCUGACCCCGAAAAAUAAGGUUUCCAGCCCGUAUUUAAGUUCUAGUCUGCGAGAAACCCCCAAGCGGAGAGUAAGGCCAUAA